AUGCCCGAAAUGAAGAUCCUCGUCCUUGGGCUUCCCCGAACAGGAACCCAGUCCCUCGCCGACGCCCUGGCCCACCUCUCCAUCUCCCCCGUCUACCACAUGCGCGAAGUCUCCAAGAACGCCCACCAAGACCUUUGGAUCUCCGCCAUCGCCGAUAACCUUCCCCCUGCCUCCCCCCCUGCCCCCUGGUCCCGAUCGCAAUGGGAUGCCCUUUUGUCUGGCUUCUCCGCGGUCUCUGACUUCCCCCCCUCCCUUUUCCCCACAGCUCUGGCAGAGGCAUACCCCGAAAGCCUCAUUAUCCACACGACCCGUCCUCUCGAGUCCUGGGAGGCGUCGAUGAGGGAUACCCUCAUCCACGCGCACCUCCACCGCGACCCGGGGAGGAAGUCGCCGAUGGAGGGGCUGGCGAAUGCCUACCACGCCGCGUGCUGGGAUGACGACUUUGAAAAGAGCGGGAGGGCGUACUUUGAGAGGCAUCAUGAAGAAGUGCGCGCUUUGAAGAAGGGCGGGAGGAGGUUUUUGGAGUAUCAUCCUGGAGACGGGUGGGAGCCGCUGUGCGAGUUUCUUGGCGUUGUGGUACCGGAAGUUCCGUUCCCGAGGAGUGAUGACUGGGUCGGCUACAAGAAACAAGUUGAGAAGGAAAGGAACGAAGAGAAGAAGGCACAAGAGGCUGUCGGGAACAAUUGA